GCUGACCUUUGACCUUUUCGUCAACUCCUUUGGCGAGCUGCUGAGGACUGAACCAGCUGCGCAGUUGGUACUUUUCAUGUGAGUCCAACUAUUCUCACUGUUUCAGCAGCCUAAAGUCUCCUUUUAGCUCGAAGGUAAAACACUAAGUUAAAAAUAGCACACGAGCAGACAUGAAUUAAACAUAAAGAGAGGAACUGUGUUAACUUUCGGUUUAAAAUGUGUAUUCUUGCUGCUUACGGUUUUUUUUUUUCUUCAACAGCAUCCAGGACAUUUGCAUUUUGUUUAACCUGAUCAUCAUUCUGCUGAUGCUGUUCAACACCUACGUGUUUCAGGUUGGCCUGGUGGCCAUCCUGCUGGAGCAYUUUAGAGCCCUGCUGAUGCUCUCUGCUCUCUACCUCACCUUCAGUAUCAUACUCCACUCCUGGCUUGUGAAUCUGCGCUGGCUAAACACCAACGGAUUUGUUUGGACAGACGGCCUUCAGGUUCUGUUCAUGUUCCAAAGAUCUGCUUCUGUUUUGUACUACUACUUCUACAAGAGGACCUCAGAGUACCUGGGUGACCCUCGUCUCUAUGAGGAUUCACCGUGGCUGCGAGAAAUUGUUGCUCAGGCCAGACAGUGAUCUCACUGCAGCAGAGUAAAAAAAAAAAGACCACAAAGCCAGAAAAUAAAUAAAUUAAAACAGCCCUGUAAAAAAAAAGAACCCAUAAAUGUACCCCAGCCAUGUCAGUUCACCAUUUUUAAGGCAAACAGGAAAUGUUUGAUAACAUUUUGUGAUUGUGAUGUUAUUUUUGUUUGGAAAAACUAAUUUUCAAAAGGAAAAAAAAGUACUUCUUGCAGCAUGUAAGGGUUUGAUCUUGACAUCCAAAGAAGUACAACCCAUUUUUUUUCUCUUAAAGGACUGUGCCAAAACAAUGGAAAAUGUUUCAUGUCCCAUAAAGCUUGGGUUACUUCUUUUUUUUAUUUUGAAAUAGUAAUAGUGACAUUGAAAAUCAGAAAAUAAUAUGUUGGUCACACUUAAUGCAUUACAGACUCACUGAGAAACAUAAAAUAAAACUUUUCUGUGAGUGUUUUCAAUCAUAAAUGUCAUCAUCAUCAUCAUCAUCAUCAUCAUCAUCAUCAUCAUCAUCAUCAACUUUAUUUAUAAAGCACUUUAACACCAGCCACAGCUGAAACAAAGGGCUGAACAUCAGUAAAAUAAAAAUAAAUGAGAUAAAAGAUAAAAUCACUGAAAUUAAGUAAAAUCAAGUCUCAGUUGGGUUAAAAGCCAAUGAGUAAAAGUAACUUUUCAGAUGGGUCUUAAGAAUGGACAACGAGGAGGCUGUCAAAUGUUCCAGAUCCUUGGGCCACAAACAGAGAAAGCUCUUUCUCCUCUAUAUUAACAUACUGCUAUAUAAUUACCACACUAUGCUAUUGUCGGACCAAAAUCCAUUUUUGACACGUAGGUCUAAAUUUCUUCUCACCAAAAACACAUCAUUUCAUGUCUAUAGAUCUAAUGAGAAACUGUACUGAAAGAAUAGAAUUGCUUUGUAAAAUGUUAAAAGCAUUACAAUGUUCUUUUGAGUGCUUAUAGAGAAUUACAGAUGCUUCAUGCACAAUAAUACGUUUUUAACCUGCCARGGUUUCUGUUGUUGCAGUACAUUUUGUAAAUAUUUCAGUUGUUUUUUUAUGCAUUUGACACUUUUUACAUUGCUUUSUUUUUAUUUGCAACAAUGAGUGUUUCACUCACGACUUCCCUUAAUAAUUCCUGUAUCACAACUUGCUGCAUAUCAGUUUAUGAAUUUUCACUUAAAUUAAAUAUGAUAUGAUGUGUCUUGAAAUAGGAGGCACUUAGAUACUGUGUUUGUACCUGGACAUGUGUUUUGUCGGGGAGAGGGGUGGGGGUGGG